CGGGAUGGAAGCCACUCUAUUGCUAGUGGUCGGCUUUUCUCACACGAGGGGAGUGGCCAUAACCUUUCUGGUCCUUGCUGUCGGCUUUAGUGGAUUUGCAAUCUCAGGGUUUAAUGUGAAUCACUUAGACAUAGCUCCACGCUAUGCCAGCAUCCUCAUGGGCAUCUCCAAUGGAGUCGGAACUUUGUCAGGCAUGGUGUGCCCACUGAUAGUGGGGGCCAUGACGAAACACAAGACACGGGAGGAGUGGCAGUAUGUAUUUCUCAUAGCUUCUCUUGUUCAUUAUGGAGGCGUUAUCUUCUAUGGCAUCUUUGCCUCCGGAGAGAAGCAGCCUUGGGCAGAGCCCGAGACCACCAGCGAGGAGAAAUGUGGGAUCCUUGAUGAAGACGAGCUAGCUAAUGAAACGGAGGAGUUAUACCAUACCGGCGGAGGGGGGCAGUAUGGAGCGAUGAGCCAGCCCCAGCCCGGCAUGAACCCAAACGGAGGAGGAGGAGGAUGGGCCACCGACUGGAACAAGACUGAGGAGUAUGUGCAGCCAGCAGGAUCCAACAGCUACCUGUAUGGCAGGGAGGGAGAGAGAGCGCUACCAUAGCGGAGUGCUGUGACUGGGACGGGGAAGCCAGAGUACAGAUGGAGAUAAGAGGAGGGGGAUGAAACAGUCACUAUGAGAUGGAUGUAGAUUAGUACAGGGUAUGAGCGAGGAGACUGAUACAUUAGAGAAAGGGACUGGGGCGGCAGUAGGGGGCGCUAUGCUGACUGAAUGGCUUCGUCAAAGAAAGGAUGACCAAAGAAGAGUUCAGAAAACAGAAAAGAAGUCAUGCAGACGAAGACCAAACACCCAAACAAGCAGGUUUGGCCUGUGGCCUGUUUGUGACACUUCCUAUGUCAUGUGCAUUUGUGGGCGUGUGUUUGUGUGUGUGCAGGUGUUUCAGUUUGGUUUGGACCAUGUUCAUGCAUAUAUGCAGGCGGAGGAGCAUUUUUGGGUAACAGAGCCUGGAUUCUCCCACUCCUUGCAGAUUUUUUUCUAUGUCAUUCCAAGCCCAUUUGUUAUAGAUUUUGAUUGGACCCUGUCUCAUAUUUAAGGCUGGCUCUGCAUUGUAUUUCUACUCUAGGUUUGUUUAUUAAAUGAAAUAUAAAUGACAAAAUGAAUCAGUUAGAAAGACAGGCAACUCUAGUGCAACAUUUCGCUAACAAAUGAUCAUUUAUUCGGUGUUAAGCAUCUUGACAUUCAGGAGCCAGUGUAAUUUUUCUUAAAGUAUUGCAAACAUUCAUGUAAACAGUGUUUAUUUUUCCAAUGCAAACAAAAGAAAAACCUUGUUAUUGUUCAUAGCAGCAAGACAAUUACCUUUGUGAUGAACCACAACUGUACUGAAAAUACUUAUAAAACGAACACAGAGAGCACACAUUUAAGUGUCAGAUUUACCCAUUUUUUGAUUUUCCUACACAAAAAUAGUUAAUCUCUCAGAGGAUAAUGUAGUUUAUCAGUUGCCUAAAGAGAUUAAAUGUGCUGCAUUAGUGUUCCCAUCUACAAGAUUUGAACCCACAAUCUCCCAGGUAGGGCACCGGUUUCCUAAAACAGGAAGUGACACACUUGUACAAUUUUGAUGAUUGCAUAUUGUCUAUGAAAAUAUUACACAAUAAUGAAUAGUGUAUGGAAUCAUUCAUGAAGUUAAUGUCAUUUAAGUGGAAUUUCUGUUUAAAGGAGUUCUAGAUAUUAAGAGGUAUUAAUUCAAACCGAAAAAAAUAACUGAAAUAAAAUACACAAAACUAAGACAUAGUGAUAGAACUGAAAACAAACCAACAAAUAAUUUUCCUCCAAUAGCACUGCAAUAUUCUCCUGUUGUAAUGUUACUACCACAAACAUUUACUGCCAACUGAACAUACUUACAGGAAGCAGCAUAAGUUAGGAGCUGCUUCAAAAAGUGUCAACCUGCAGGAUUUUCUCAUAUCAUAGGCAGACUUAAGUGUUGUAUUUCUUUAAUUUAGAAGUCAGCUGGAGGUGUCCCUUUGCCAAAGUGGGGAGGGGGGGGGGAGGGGAGGAGCUUAGGUUAUUCACAUUAUGUUUUCAAUUAACUUGACUUGACAAAUCUUAAUAUCAGAUUAGUAGAUUAAUAGUACAGGGUUUAGUCCUAAGGAUUCACUAAGAAAAAUGUUAUAAAUGGUAUUUGUGGAAACUGUGGAACUGGACAAAGAAUCUGAGCUAUAAUUUUGUUUGAAUGUAAAUAGUAUUGGUAAUGCAAUAAGAGGACACACAUUGGUAUAUUUACUUAUAAGUUUAGCAAUAAAGGCAGUCCUGAAACUCUGAAAGCUGCUCUGACAGUUUGACUCAUCAUCAACGUUUGAUGACCUGUUGGUUCAAACAGCUUUCAUGCAGAAACUUCUGCUGUUGUGACUGAGCCAAUCAGAGACGCUAAAGCUGUUUGUGGGCACUGCAGCACUGACCAGCUAAGGUGUUCUACUGUACAAAGACUGUAUAGAGAAAAGACCUUCACUUCCAUCACAUAUCCCCACUGCACUGACCAGCUAAGGUGUUCUACAA